AUGCCGCCGCCUCCCUAUCCUUCACCGGGUAAACCUCCACAAGCGCCUUUUCCACCCCGUCGCGUCUAUCCAACGCCUCUGCUCCGGCUAAAGAUCCAAGACCUCUCCGAGAAAGGUGCGCGCAGCUUCUUAUCUUGCAUUGAUGCGGCUGGAGUCCUUGAAGAAGCCGUCCGCACCGUCCUCGAUCUUCUCUAUCCCGGCCAAUACUGGGAGUCAUGGCCCGGCAGUCGGAGCGUGACGCUAGUCCUGAGCUCCUUUGGCGGAGUUGCCUACACCCGAGGCAAGGCCCUCGAUCAUGACCACAAGGAGAUCCACUUAUCUACCGACUACGUCGCUGGGAUCAAGCCUGAUCUCUUGAAACGUGAGAUCACGGGCGUGAUAGUGCAUGAGAUGGUGCAUUGUUGGCAAUGGGACGGAUGUGGCACGGCACCGGGAGGACUUAUAGAAGGGCUUGCAGAUUGGGUCAGGCUUAGAGCGGAUCUGUCACCGCCGCAUUGGAAGCGGACGACCGGUGAUCGCUGGGACGCGGGAUACCAGAUGACCGCGUGGUUUCUGGACUGGCUAGAGAAGGAAUACGGGACUGGAACUGUGCCGAGACUGAAUCAUCUGUUGAAGGAGGUCAAGUAUGAUGAGGAGGAGUACUGGUGUGGUCGAAGUGGUUUGCACAAAAGCGUUCAGGAGCUUUGGAAAGACUACAAGAGGUGGGUAGCGGAUGAAGAUAAGGAGGAGGUAGGAGAGCUUGAGGGCAAGGAAGGAAAGGACGAGAACGAAACCCACUAUGAUGAGAGUAAGGGAAGAGAGGAGCGACGCCGAGCGGUCGCAGCUGCUCGCGAGGCUAUCGAGAAGUGUAAGCAAGAGAUUGCAAACAGAUCCGUUAGUGAAAUGGACGAAGUCGUGCCGAUCACCGAGGGUGCCGAGACCAAGCUCGAAAACGGCUGGACCGAGCUCAAUAGUAGUGACGUUGAGCUUGGAAGACGUGAGAGUGGGAGCGAAGUCACUCUAGCUCAAAGACCAAAGAAAGAGAGGGAACAAUGA